GACUGAUCUUGUGCAGAAAAUAUCCCUGACAUUUGAAGAGCUCCAGGGAUUCACUGAGCAUGCUCAGUCCCCGCUGCCUGGUAGAAAGAGGAAGCUAGUUUACAUACGAGUCAUACCAAGCAUAGCCUGCAUGUCAGUGCAGUUAACUUGCAGCGGGCUGUGAGGAGAACUAGUGUGUCUUUGUCCUAGGAAAUUUCCCUUGUUUCUGUUUUCUUUCUUUCUUUUUCCCCUUUUUUUAUUUGGAAAAAGACUUGAAAAGUUUUAAAACUGUCUUCUCUGUAUUGAAGGACACAGUAUACCUUUACUUUUCAAAACUUUGGAAGGGAGAGCGUGUGGGUUUUAAUCCCUCCAAUUUUCCUUUAAUAUACUUUGUUUUGAUUAGCUGAAGGCUGGGCCUUGUGCUAGCGAAGUUUAGGAAGCUGGGAGCGUACUCAGCUUCAUUUGCCUGGCUUCCUUCUCCCUGAUUCUGGGCGAAAGCAAACAAGCUGGUCUUUUUUGCUAGCCCAAUAAAUGCUAUUUAUGAAGAUGGACCUGUUGAACUACCAAUACUUGGACAAGAUGAACAACAAUAUUGGCAUUCUGUGCUAUGAAGGUGAAGCAGCUCUAAGAGGUGAGCCCAGAAUGCAGUCUCUUCCAGUAUCCUCUGCUCUAACCAACCAUCGAACAGGCCCUCCUCCUAUCAGCCCCAGCAAGAGAAAGCUCAGCAUGGACCAAGGGGAUGAUGAGCUAGACUGUGAAAAUGAACAUGUUUCUAAAAUGAGUCGAAUAUUCAAUCCGCAUCUAAACAAGACUGCCAAUGGAGAUUAUCGGAAGGAGCACAGAGAGAGGAGUCGCAGCCCAAUAGAGAGAGCUGCUGCCCCAACAAUGAGCCUUCACGCCAACCACAUGUAUGCCUCAAUCCCAAGCUUGACCAUGGAUCAACCUCUAGCACUGACCAAAAACAGCAUGGAUGCAACCCGGACGGUUGGCAUCACACCUACACUGACUUCUGUGGAACGGCAGCAGAACCGUCCGUCUGUAAUCACAUGUGCUUCUGCGAACAACCGGAACUGCAACCUCUCCCAUUGCCCCAUUGCUCACAGCGGCUGCGGUUCAGCGAUGCCUGCCUACAGAAGGCCAUCUAGCACUACCACUGCCUGUGACCCAGUGGUGGAAGAGCACUUCCGCCGAAGCCUUGGCAAGAAUUACAAGGAGCCUGAGCCAGUGGCAAACUCUGUGUCCAUCACAGGAUCAGUCGAUGACCACUUUGCCAAAGCACUUGGGGAUACAUGGCUUCAGAUUAAAGCUGCGAAGGACGGCGUGUCCAGCAGUCCUGAGUCGGCUUCAAGGCGGGGCCAGUCUUCCCCUUCCUCCCAUAUGGUCAAUCAUAAUCACUCGCCCUCUGUAGUCUCCUGAAGAGAGGACCGUUGCGUUUGUGAAUUUGCAUGGUUUGACUGAGCUUUGAACAGUGCUUAAAGUAGUGUUUGGGGAGGGGAGAUUAGUUUUCAACACAUGUUUUUGUGUACUCACUUUUUAUUUGUAAAAGGGUGCCCUUAAAGAUGAUAGCAGGAACUAUUUCAUAAAGAUCCAUAUGAUGUAGCAUCCUUUUUUUUUCCUGCCUCAAUUACCAAAGAAACCUCUGAUGCAAAUCUGCUGCCCCUUUAAAAAAAAUGCACGCUAAUCCACAAAAGCCAUUACACAUAGUUGGUUGACCCAAAUGCUUUUUGCUUUACUAGCUUCUUGCGACUAGAAUUUGUCUGGUUUGCUUACAUUGCCUUUUUUUUUUUUCCCCUCUCUGUGAAGUAAUUUUGUAUGUAUAUACUUGAAAAGAACUGUCAUGUAUGAUUUGCACUAUUGGAGGAGGACUGAAGUUGCAUAGCAACUUUCUGGAAGAUGCUAAUAUUUUGAGGGCAAACUGCUGAAAAAAGGGUUUAAGGAUGACAUUUCUAUCAGUUUGAUUUUUCUUAAAGCAAAACAGCUUUGGAAGGGGAAGUCUCAUACAGGUUAUAGGUCUUUCUCUCUUUAGAUUUCAGGUGCUUAGUGCUUGCAACUGGACUGCAUAAUUUACAGAACACGGGCAUUUUUUCCUAAACACUGCAGUUUGUUAGAAUAGAGCUGAGGUUGGAGGGUUCAAUAGUGCUUAACGAUGCAUGUUUUAUGAAAAAUAGCUGGUAUCUAUUAAUGUAUAGACAGUAAGAAUCAUAAUACUUAUUAGCUUUUCUUCAGAAUUAGUUUAUUUUUGUCAGUAACAAUCCUAGAUAUACUUACUGCUGGUACAGUUGUACUCUAUGAUAUUUGUAUUUGAUAUUCACUUUAGUAGCAGCCAGCAAAAGAGGACAGCCUCAGGACAGGCCUCAAAUGAUGCAGUUUAGAAAUAUAUGAUGCGUGGUACAGGAUGCUAUAGCUUUGCGCAAGACUGAGUAAUUGUUUCUGUCUGCAGCACUGUCUGCUUAACAGGAAUUUGCUUCCUAAAACUAAGUCUGUAUAAUCCACCUUUAACUAGCUGCAGAAACUGCUACCAUUACGUAUCUUGGCUGGACAACAGAUUGUUACAGUUUGUGAAAUAUGAUCUUUAAUUUUUUUUAAGCUUAUUCAUAAACCUAUGCCAAGUUGCAGCAUACAUUCCUCCAUUAGAAAACUUUAUACAGGUAUUACUGCAUUUAUUAUCAUUUGCUAUAUUAAUAGCUACUAACUAGAAAUUAGGCAAUAGAGGCAGGCAUAAAACCACAGCUGUGCUAGUACUAAGAGCUUCUCUUCUUGUUAAGUGUAACUACUCUCCCCCAUACAUUCCAUCUUCCCAGUACAGUUGCAACUAGUUGUUUUUGUUUUUGUUUUUUUUUUAAUACUGGGUUACCUGAAAAGAUUGGUUCAGUGUAGAAAGUUAGAACUAGUUGGAAGAUAAAGUACACACAAUGUAUUAUGGACUGUGUUACAGUAUUGGGUCCAUUGUGGCUUUUAUUUUAAGGUUUUUUUUUUAAAGCUAAGCUAAUUAAUUUGGAAAAGGUGCAGGGUAGAAAAAGAUCAGGAGAUUGGCUCUUACUCUUGUUGAGAAGGUGGCUGCUCAAUUUUCUUUCAAAUUUUUUUUUAAAAACCCUAAGCCCCCAGUUUUACACAUUUCACUACCAUCUUACUGGGUAGUCAACGCUUACCUGCUUUGGCAUUCAGUACCCUACUCUCUGUAGGAAGAUUGUUAAAAGAACACUUUUUUAUAUAGGUAACUUUAAGACCAUCGUUACGCUGUGCGUAAAGAAUGUACAGAGAAAUUUGUAGGUAUUUUUUGAGGAACAAUUAAUUUGUUAAUGAUAUGUAGCUAUUUAAUUUUUCCCUUUCCUUUAUUGUAAUCAUUCAUUUUUUUGUUUGGAGAAAAAAGUUGAUCUUUUUUUUUGUUGUAGAUUUGUCUGUAAUACAGUAAAAGUGCAGGAACACAGUUAUUCUAUGAGAACACUGCAUUAGCAUUAAUAGCCACUAGUUUGUUAUUGCUACAGGCUACUGAGCAUUAUAACAGUAAAAUACUAAUACUGUAGAUGGACUCUGUGGAAAAUGUGACUCCUAUAUUUCUUUGUAAACACAAAUAAGAUAAUGUUUUUAAAGCUAAUAUUUUCAAUAAUAGCUGUUUUACAAGGUUACAUUUACUUAUCUGAGAUAGGUAAAUGGAUUUGAGGGCAAUAAAGAUUUAAUGUGGUAUGUCCAGUAAAACAUAUAUUAGACACAAUUAUGUCACGAAAGCCAAAGGGUUGGGGGGAGGUGGAAGGAAACUAAACUGAACUCACCGUCACGACGCAUGGUGAAGUUUCUUCACAGAGCCAGGUUCUCUACAGUUCAGUUUGAAAGAUUCUGUGUUUGUAAAUCUGUAAUAUACCAUUCUUUUGUGGCCUUGUUUCACCUGGGAAAAAAAAGGGUUGGCAGGCCAUCUUUUUUUUUUUUUUUUUGUACUUAAAAGUAGCCUUAAAGAACAAUAAAGUGCUCUUAAAUCA